AUGUACUUACUUGCACCUAUCUGCACCUGCAGCGCACAAGCAAGUGCCUACUACUCAGUCGUCAGCGCGAGUGCGUGCCCAUUCGUCGUAGGUGCCUCGAUCUCGACUGGGCAAGGCGAGACAUCCGGCACGUGGACUGCACAUGACGCUGGAAUCCGAGACGGCGACGAGGACGGCACGACGAGGUUUGCCUCUGCCGCUCGCGAGCAUGGCCUCGACGGCUUGGACGAUCAGUGCGAACCCCCGCGAUCGUCGGCCAACCUCAUGCCGUGGCCAGGCACGGGCGACGAUGGAUGGCCAGCUGUUCGUGCCCUCUUCGUGCGCUGCGUGUGCCCUGUUUGUGGACCCUCGGCCUUGAGACAACAGAUUCCAGCCAGCUGCGGUGCGGGCGACACGACUCCACCACGUCCCCGUCGUGAGACAGCGGAAGGCAUUCCGCGGGAGCUGGAGUGCUGUGAGCUUACUUUGAUCGAUUCCCCUGGUUCCUGGUUCGCAGGCACACCAGGAGCGCUGUAA